CACUAACCCAGAGUUCCGACACUUUACGUUCUCGCACAAAGAAGUCUUUGAAGGUGGUAUGUAUAUUUGACACCCAGUAGUGUCUGAUGAUUCGCCGGCUGGUCUUGUUUCUCUACAACGCUGGCUGAGAUUUCGCCCAGAAGUCUCUACGUCAAACCAUAGCCGAUGUGACGAUUUUAUCACCUAUGCCUUUGGCUAUCAGGAUCUUCAACAUAAACUUUCGGCACGUCGGUGAUAUGACGAGGCGCCUGUGCAAACGAGGCAACCAUGGCCCUCUUAAACCAGCCAUCGGUCCCAGCCAGACUUACAGUUGGCUCCCAAAAAGACCACUCGCUGUAUGACUCGACCGUAAUGAAGAAAGCUCUGCGAUCGACGACGCCCGCGAGGCAUGGGGAAAGGAACACCGUACUUCGACGCGAAACAGGGACAUAAUAUGGCGGCACGUCGAUGUGGAUUGAUGGCAUCAGAUACUUCUGUCAAGGCAGGAGUAUCUCCUGUCUAUGUCUAUGGUGGCCUGCAAAGGUAGCGGUCGCUUCUCAACCAGCUACGCUGACAUCGUCAAGCCAGAUGCGGCCCUGGUAGUACCUAACCUCCCAUAUCCCACGAUGCCCCAGUACUGUGGAUAUCCCGAACAAGGUUUUCGGUGUUAUUUUUACAGUCCAAAAGGCCACGUACUCAAAAGCCCAGAAGCCUCACAACUGAAGCGUAAGUGAAUGAAUGGAUAGGCGGGAAGGGUCAAUACGAUAUUGUACCCCGAGGAGUCCCCAGCAAGGCAAGCAACUUAAUGUUUGCGAAGGCCGCGGGUUCAGAUUGAGCAUGACCUGUAAAUGUCUGGUACAUGCGAUUUUUUAUAUAGAGUGAUUUCAUGAUUUCGCCUCGCACCCUGGCCGCGGCGUUGAGGGCAAGGCGCAGAAUAUGCGGGCAUGGAGAUCCCAAGAGGGAAAUAUGCAGCGACCGGAAGAACCCAUGCAAGUGCGGGUUUGCACGAAGAACGGAGUUCCUGCCGUUGCCGAUGGACUUGAUGAUCAUAUUAACUCGGCUGGCUGGCUGAUUCCCAAGGGCCUUGUGCAGAGUCACGGUAUGCGAUUAAAAUUCUUGGACCUGCUAGACAGCUUAGCUUGCUUGGAUUGCUAGGGAGCAGUGCGGCCAGGCUGUCACAUUCACAGCUGAGUCCUUGUGGCAGUUGGGUUGGACUAAACGUGCCAUACAAUAAGGAAACUUCCAAGUUACUGCAGACGUUGGGUUUACGUUCUGAAUUUCAUUUUAUUACUCGCCAGGGGGAAAGUCUUGAGCUCGAAAGUCUGAGCAACUGAAUCCAGUCUCAAUUGGCUUUGGGCCAUUCACUGGAUUGACUACAACACAAAGAAGCAGACGGCUACAUCGACCAAGCACCAGAUUGCUAUUGCGGAAUGUGGUCAAUCGAGCAGUCUCGAUCAGACUUGCUUUGUUGCAAGUGCCAAGCAGGUAAAACCGAAUUGACAGGUCAGAUAUUCGAAUUCGGAGCUAGGGGGAUGGUGCUGCUAGGUUAAUGGCCCUUGGCAUUAGCAAAGUUAUCGACAACCCAGAGCAGCUGGCCCGUGAUUAGAAGCUUGACGAGGAACACGGCCCGAGGGUCCCCCUUCCCGUCCAUCUCUUCUUUUCGUAUUUCACCAACAAGCCAGUCUCAAAUUCGUGUUGUCUUUGAUCACGGGACUGCUCUAGCCCAUUCUUACCUAUGCUCGGAAGUUGGAUUGUUUUCGCGAUCAAUCCCUUCUGGCGUAAAGCGACGACUCUCUUCCCAGCGCAUAUUGGUUGGUCCAUUUCACAAACAGCAAAUCCAUCAGCUGUAACAGCAACCACAGCAGGCCCCGCAGAAGCUCCAGACGCAUUGAGGCGUCUUCAUUCACGCUCAUCUGCUGAUUCGGAAUCAGUUCAGCGGCUCGACAGACAGCCCAUUCGAUCCAUAAAAGCUGGCACAACCUCAACAAAGGACUGGGAAUCGUGUGCACAGGGACCGGAUCAUUUUCCGGACGACAUUCAAGAUUGUUGAUGGUUGGUUGAUCCACAAAUUUUGGAGCAAUCUGAUGCCGGUCUCGUCAUUUCCAUCUAUUAUCCAUCCAUAAGUAAGGUAUUUGCGCGAAACAAUCAAUGUUACCGAUACGCAGCGACCAGCCAGCGUGAAGUGGUAGGCAGGCAGGCAAGCGAGGCGACAGGUGCCGUUCGUUCAGCGGGACUGGACUCGAGGUAGACACCCUUGUCUUGCGGCUUAAGUCAGCCACGCCCAGAAGGGAGAGAAAGCCUUGACCAACACUAAAAGUCAAAAUCGGGCCCCCGUGGAGCAUGGACCAAAACGUAACAUAUCGACGCCCUCAAAAUGCUGCAAUGCCAAACGAAGGCCGCACCAACCAACAAGGUGACGCGCGCAGCAAGGAUGAACAAAGAGCUUUCAGCACCGAUACAAGCAAAGCUAUGAGCUCGUCGCGCAGAUCUCCGUCCCCGUUGUCGUCUUUUGCUCCUCCCCGACGCCCCGAUUCACGACCACGACCACCUCGCGAGCAGCAGCAACCUCACCCACCACUCCCGCGGGAUAAUCUCGGCAGGGGCCGAUCGAUUGAACGACCCCUAGAGCCCUUCGAAUCUAGAAGUCAGCGUCCCGAGCCAUCAAAUAAUUCAACGGCACAGGGCUCGGCAGAGGGACCGCGUCAGGGACCGCGUCAAAACCGUCGAUCGAGGCAUCGAAGUCGAGACCGACCACGGCGUCCGUCGAGACACCGAUCACCACCGCGACCGCCGCAGGAGCCUCGGCGGGGCUUUGCGCCAGAUUCAAUAUUCGAUCGUCCUGCCCGUUCGGGGCAUCUAGAUCAGCCUGACACUGCGAAGGAAAAAGAAAGAGAUCUGCCCCACCGCAACACUGCCGCUCGCGAACCGUCGCGUCUUGCCUCAUCCCCUGCUUCAACCUCGAAGCGUCAAAGAAGUCCUGGGCCGCCAGUCGCAGAUCAAGAUCAUUCGGCCAAAAGGCCGCGUCGCGGUCCCAGUCCUCAGGCCGACGAACCCUAUCACUUUGACAGUCGUGCAGCACCAGACAAGACAGGACCGGGAAGGGAAGAGCGUCCACAGCGGCCGUUUUCUCCGGGCCGACCGCGGUCGCGAUCUCCCGGCUACGGUCGCGAUUUUGACCGACGUGAGAAGCGCAAAAAGAAGAAAAAGAAGAAUAAGAACCGUCGCGACCGCUCAAGGUCUCCGAAUCGAGACAGGGACGAGUUUGGAGGUCCGGCUCCCAGUGGCCGCAAACCUCUGCCCCAGCCUGGGAGAGAAUCUGGAGGAAGACGCCGGUCUCGUUCGCCUCUAGCACCCGAUCGCCCGCGAUCUUUCUCUCGUGGCGGAUCACCGCAUUCUCAACCUCACGGCGCAGAACAUCCACCGUUUUCGCCGUCUCAACAAGUACCACCCAGGGGCCGAGGGCACAACCCCAGUCGUGACUUUGACAUACCACCGGAGCGGAGGCAUUACGACGGGCGAGCAACGCCCCCACCACCAGAGGCCUCGCGAUCACGUAAAAAGGGCAGAGGCCGUGAAGAACGGCACUCCCGCAAGUCGCAAGCUCCUCGAGUGUCUGGUGCCAACAGCGUUGAAGUGAACAUGUCGGCCAGGGGGAGCGGCUAUCGCGGCGGCUACGGCCCAGGUGGUGGCUAUCAGAUGCAGGCUCCCUAUUCUCAAGGGCCUCCCACAGGACCUAGGCGAUUCUCGCACUCAUCCGGGCAUGCAACACCCAGCAGCUUUCAUGGGACACCGCCACCUCAAUCCCCGUAUGGUGGAAGCCAGGGCUGGGGUGGACAACAACAAUAUCAAUCUCCCAGUUAUGCGCAUCAAUACCCUCCUAACGGAGGUUAUACACCCAAUGGACCUCAUAACCCAGGAAACUUCACUCCAACGGGGCCACACGGCCAAUACCACCAAUCUCCAUCAUAUGCUCCGCCGUCAGGCCCCAAUUCACAAUAUUCAUAUCCGCAAGGCCCCGCUCGCGGUGGUCAUCGAGGCGGCUUUAGGGGAGGAAACGCCUUCAACCAAGUCGGGCGAGCUGGGUACCAUGGUAAUAGCUUUAAGAGCACAAGCCACAAUGGGAGUGUACAUGGUGGUAGUGUACACGGAGGAAGUGUUCACGGAGGCAGUGUUCAUGGAGGGAGCGGCCAUGCUAGUCCUGCUGCAACCUCAAACAAUGGGGACUCAGGAAUACAACAAGCCCAUGGACAUCCUAACGAGCAAGCAAAGGAUGAUGAAAAUCCUUUUAGACCGUCUAAGGAUCUUCAGGUCGAGGAUAACACCCAAUCGGGACAUGGUGAAGACAAUUCACAACCGCAACAAGACCAGCCACAAAUAACAGUGCCUCAAACAGAAAGACAACCCCCAAGUGGGCCGUCGAACCCAAAGAUCAAGUUUCAGUUCAAGUCCUCUUCCAAGGUGCCUGCGACAAUACCGAAGCCAGAGAUCUCUUCCAAGUUCAACGCAUUACCGCCGACACAGCCGAAAGCUCAACAGCAGCAACAGCGCCAAGAAGCUAUCAACAAGGAAAGAAACCUUCCCCAGGACGUGCCAACAGGACCGGCGUCUACAAGAUCACGUCAUGACAGGGGUCCUCGGCCACCGCAUGAUGCGCCUAGGCAGCCAUCAGGCCAACAGCCCCUGCCCCAGCCCCGGUUCAGAAUGGUGAAGAAGACAAUGCGACGACCGAUAAGAAAGGAAGGCCUCCCGACAGAAAUGGCGAACUCGGACUCGGUGUAUUACCGAAAGCCCGGCAAUGAAUCAGUUGUUGGUGCCGGAACAUACGGCAAAGUCUUCAAGGCCAUCAACGUAUACACCAACAACUUAGUGGCCCUAAAGAGGAUACGAAUGGAGGGAGAGCGGGAUGGGUUCCCAGUGACAGCUGUCCGCGAGGUAAAGCUUCUGCAAUCCCUGAGGCAUAUCAAUAUCGUUAAGCUGCAAGAGGUAAUGGUGGAGAAGAACGACUGUUUCAUGGUCUUUGAGUACAUGUCUCAUGAUCUGACGGGGCUGCUCAACCACCCAAGCUUCAAGCUGGAAGCCCCUCAAAAGAAGGACUUGGCACGGCAAUUGUUUGACUCGCUGGAUUACCUACACCGGCGAGGAGUCCUACAUCGCGACAUUAAAGCUGCCAACAUCCUAGUGAGCAACGAUGGCAUUUUGAAGCUGGCUGAUUUCGGUCUCGCACGAUUCUACGCAAAGCAUCACCAACUCGACUACACCAAUCGCGUCAUCACGAUAUGGUAUCGAUCACCAGAGCUCCUUCUCGGGGAAACGCGAUACGGCCCUGCGGUUGACAUUUGGUCAGCUGCCUGCGUCAUGGUGGAGAUUUUGACCCAGUAUGCCAUCUUCCCUGGCGAAGGGGGCGAGAUCAGCCAGCUGGAUAAGAUAUGGGCGGUGCUGGGGACGCCAAGCCGAUCCGAGUGGCCGGGGCUGCUCGAGAUGCCCUGGUUUGAGCUAUUGCGGCCGGCCUUCAAGAGGCCCAAUAACUUUGCCAAACUGUACCAGCACCGCGUGACACCCGCUGCAUUUGACCUGCUCGAAGCUAUGUUUCGCUUCGAUCCGGCCAAGAGGCCUUCUGCUGCCGAAAUCUUGGAACAUCCUUAUUUCACAGAGGAGGAGCCGGCUCCAAGGCAGGCUGUUGAGCUGGCAACUAUCGAAGGCGACUGGCACGAGUUUGAAUCUAAACAGUUACGGCGCAAGAACGAAGCCAAGGAGAAGGAGGCUCGGCGGGCUGCUCGUGCCGAAAAGGAGAAGGAAGCGGCCGGAGCCGGCGGGUCUGAGAAGAAGAGGUCUCACGACCAGACCGCCGUGGCGUCGGAGCAGAGCCAGCCGGAUGCCAAGAGGCAGAAUGUGGACGGUAGGCCGCCGGCGCAGGAGAAAGCCAGCGAUGCAGGGUAGAGGCUGGCCCGCGUCUAGUUGACGAAAUGGGGGCCUCAUGGUGGAACUUGACGAACGAGGAGAGUUCACCUGGGGUAGGUGUCAGCGAUGGUGUUGUUUUUUUGGAACAUGCAUAAGACACGGCGCAGUUACCGGGGAUUAUAGUAGCGAGCGGGGGAUUGGGAGUUGUUUCUAAUGAUUAGGGCAAUGCUGCUUCAGCUACCCUACAUGUGUGAGGAUAGUAUUCUUGCUACAUAACUUGCCUGGCCAUGCGACAGGGCGUUUGCGAUGGGAUUCACAUCUAUGACACGUCCUAUACGGUGAGGAUCACGAGUGACAUCUCAAAAUCCUCUGUAUUUUUAGUUUAAACAUAAAAGACAAUAUUGUCAUGUGACCAAAUCAUGUGGAACUUUCGAAUAAGAUUGCUUGUCCUCCCGAAACUAGUCCAACCA